CUCAUCGACCGUAUCCGAAAUCUUUCGAAAGAUAGCUUUAUGAAAUAAAUCGUUUGUUUCAAUCGUGAUACAUAAACUUUCUCCGGAAUCUACUUUAGAUCGAUGUAAUAAAUUGUCUGCUGAUCCAAAGUCGGUUACACAUUGCGGAUCCCGGUUCAACGAUUUAACAAGUGAAAUACUGUGAAGGUCUUUAGUUUCACACAAAAAACGUGAUAGUGUUUGUGUGUCAAUCAAUACACGUAUGUAACGGAUAUAAUGAGGACUGAGGUUUAUUAUUUGGUGAAAUGUAGGCAUGUUUGUUAUUUGUUUUGGUCCGAUAUCAAUGGAAAGAUGCUUAACUUUCGUUUUCCGUGUGUCAGUACAUAGGUAGGUUUGCACAAAAUUAUCGUUUACGUAAUAGAUGAAGAUUAGGCUAUUUUAGCAAGUUCAAUGAAAGAACCUACAUUUAUUUCGACCAAUAGAAUCUCCGGGUAAAUGACACGUGAUGCCAAAGGAACAUACAAGAUGACCGAGAUCACGCUGGCGUAGCAAUAUCUUCAAUUAGGUUAGGUCAUAUAGCGUUUAGUUUAUCUCUUAGUCAAGGAAAUCAAAUUCUGGACUAUGGCGAAUAGCUACAACAUGUUCAACGAACAAGAAACAAAUAAUUGGAUUAAAGCGUCCUUAGCAUUAACGAUUACGAAGAACGGACUGACUAACUUUAUUGAAGCAGAAAUGCGAAAGGUACAAGCAACUGUUGGCAGAAGUUGUGGAAAGUGCGCUAUGGAAAACCUUAUACCAUGUUCAACUAAAAAUCAAUGUAAAAAGAGAAAAAUACAUAUAAGCACAUUCCACCAAUUCCAUCAAAACAAGCAGUGUUGCAUUUGUGAAAAAGUAAUGCACACUAUUGAAGCAAACCACCGAUUUAAAGGCCCUUCUUGGGAAAACACUAAAGCGGAAUUGUGGGCUACCGACUGGUGGGAAAUUGCCAAAUGCUUUCUACCACCAAACGGAUAUAGCGACGUUUCUUCAGUUCAUGAAUCAGACUUCAAUGGCCUGAUAAACGUAAUGAUAAACUGCAGUCAUUUCGAAACGUGUCUUUCAACUAGUUUAAAUCCUAAACCACCUGACCCACAGUGUCCGUUAGAAAAGGCUCGUCAGAUAGGCCGCGAUGUACGCCAUUCUGCAAAAUGCAAGAUUACAGACGCCGAUCUGCAAAACUAUUUCCAGACUCUGAACUUGCUACUCAGGGAUCCAUCUUGUUUAGUUCAUGAUCAGUCCGCAGCAUCAGCAUUGGCUAAACUAAGUGAUUUGCAGAAUGAUCGCAUUUCGCUAACUGAACUAGGUACGCUGUUAAGAGAAGCUCAACAAACCUUGAUAAAUGCGAAUAAGGCAGGGGAGAAAUUUGCGGAAAAAGCUAGAAGUACUUUGGAGGAAGUUUUGGCAAAAAUAGAACAAUUUAUUCAGGCUGGUGAGAAACGUAUAGAUGAAAAGACAGUCGAGGCUGAAAACAAAAUAACAGAAAAGACGCAAGAUGCAACCAAUUACAUAGACAGAAAGACACAAGAUGCAACCAAUGACAUAGACAGAAAGACACAUGAAAGCGAAGUUUUAAUACAUCAGAGGAUACAACAGUUUAACAAAUCAAAAGAAACUCAUGUUAGUGAUCAGACGGAAAACGAUUACGAACUAGGCAUAACAGAAAUGAUUCGAUAUAUCAAGCGACUUUACGGCGACAGGUUCAGUCACGUGCCAUCAUCUCCACUGAACGAAAGCAUUGAUGUAAAACUUAAUGAUGUUUACAUGCUGCCAAAUCUACAACUGAUGUGCAAAGAUAAGGGCGCCUUUAGGAAAACAGGAAAACAGGUCAAAAAGUACAGAAAUGUUUUUGUAACAGAGAACAAAUUCAAUCGACGGACAUUUAUACAAGGAGAGGCCGGGUCCGGUAAAUCGACAUUUACUGCGAAGUUAACACUUGACUGGUCUGGUAAAGCGACACCCAUACAGCAUAAGAAAAAUUCAUAUGCUUUCGAUGAUCUACCAACUUUUAAGUUCGUCUUCCACAUUACAUUGAGGAAUUCGGUUACCCAGUACAACAUUUUUUCUAUGAUAAAGGAACAGAUAAUUGACUGUUUAUACGCCGACGAAAGUCGUGCGAAUGCUUACGAGCUCUUGAAUGAAAUAAUGACGAAGGAAAGAUGCUUGGUUGUUCUGGAUGGUCUCGAUGAGUGGCGUAGUUUAGAUGAUAAACUAGCUCUACCGUACUUAUUACCGUCCCAUCGCAAAUGUAUCUUGUUGAUUACAACUCGACCUUGGAAAUUGGCUAACGGAAAAAUAAAACACUCUGAUAUCGACACUUUGUUUGAAAUGGAAGGAAUAAAUGAUCAUGUAAAAUUAUGUAAAAAGAUUCUAGCUAGGCUCGUUGACGGAAAGGACUUCGAGAACAAACAUUGUGCAUUUAAAUCGUACGUUGACCAGCAUAAACUGCAAAGGUUUUUAAAGGAGCCCAUGUUUAUCUCUCUGAUCGUAAGUUCGUGGGUAGACGGUCUAGAACUGACAGGCUCUAGGUGCGAAAUAUACAGUCUCCUCCUCGAUAGUCUGCUUAAAAAGCCUACCAAAGAACCACAACACUUUCAAGAGCCACCAUUUCAGUGUUUCAAAGAAACACAAUAUAUCCAACCAAAUAUUGAAAAUUUAAACGUGGUAUCUCAUGUAGCAUUUGAAUUGUUGUUUUCAGAUACAAGGGCGAAUUCAUUGUUUUUUAGCGAAACAGAGCUGUCGAAAUACAUGAGAAAAGAGCACAAGGAAUUUGCACUUAAAUCUGGGAUAUUGUCACAGACAUCAACGCCAACUCUGACCAGAUCAUCUUCAUCGUUUUCAUUUGUCAAUAGAAGUGUUCAAGAAUUUCUGAUUGCGUACUUUAUUUCGUGCAAUAGUUUGGUCCUUGACGACGUCGUCUCGGAAUAUCUCAAGCGAUAUGAUGAAGCAUAUCUAGAAAUAUCUCAUGUCUUCAUUUUUGUGUGUGGAAUGAACAUGUCGGCAGCGAAUAAACUGUCUUGCUUGAUGGAUGAACGAGAUUAUACUCUGAAUAGUCACAAAUAUAUCGAUGCCGCACGAAGUGACGGCAUAUUGCGUUUGGACCAUAAAUUACAACGUACACUUCUCUCUGGCUAUAUAGAGGCUACAGCGAAUAAUAAUUCAAAUGUGCUUCUUGCUCUUAGUCAGUUCGAUUUUAAUUUUUAUAGUUUUAUUCUGGCACUCGGACUUAAUGUAUUUCGUGACUUGAAACCCCUACAACACAUAUGGAAUUUGAACCGUUCGAAUGCAAGGGCAUUGUGUUAUGACAUGUCCCAUGUAUAUAGGCAGGAUACAGAUAGUUCCAAUGUAUUUUGGUUUGAUUUGGACUUGUGCUCGAAUAUAAACAUUGAGACAUUGAUCCUUCAUAGUAGUAAUACCGUGCUGCCAAAUGCACUGGGCGACCUAAAGAUGCUAAAGUACCUCUUCUUAGACUGUAAAUAUGACAUGUUACAUUUACCCGCCUAUGAAUACUUGGAAUCGUUACAUAUUGGUCGAGGAGUUACUUCAUUAUCACUUCACUGUUUUAAUUAUAAAACGCUUAAGUACGCUUCUAUACUAAGUUUUUGCGACGGAUUGGAUUUGUCAUUGUUUGAAAACUUGGAAUCAUUAGAAAUUAGCGAAAAUGUGACAAUUUUAAAUAAGCCAUUCCGUAAUCACAGCAAACUGAAACGUAUCAAAUUGCAAGGGUUUGACUUUGCCAGUUUGGAAACAUCGGCCAUUAAAUCCUGGUGUCUACUAAACAAUAGUGAUACAUAUGGGUGUACAGAACGUCUACCAGUAUUGCCAUCUUUAGAAAAGAUAGUAUUUGAAAAUAACAUAUUAUCUAACUUUUUACAUAGAUUGCUUUGUACGCUGCUAUCAUGCGAUCGACAGGUGCAAUGUAAAUGUGUAUCUCGCUCGAUUUCAUCGGCAGAUGUCGAUUCCAACUCACUUACUGGUACAAAAAUUACAACAUCGGCACACGGCUCUCUUAAAUUGACAUUGUUUGAAAACUUGGAAUCAUUAUUUAUUAGCAAAAAUGUGGCAUUAAGUAAUGCUAGCAAGGAUCUGUUGAAUGCACUUUACUGUCUGAAUAUCAAGAGCCUGACUCUGGGUGACUUAUAUAAGGUUUGGAAAAUGCAUACGAUAUCGAACGCACUGGUUUCACUAACACAGCUAAAAACGCUCACAAUGCAUUUGGACAUAUAUACACAGUUGCAAUUGCCUAAGUCAGUGAAUAACUUGAUUGUCACUUUUCGAGCACUGAUCCCAUCCGAACUAAACACACUGGUGCAUCAAUUGGCUUCUUUAAAUCAAUCGUUGAAGUGUGAACUAUAUUUUCUCUGCCGUGAUUCAGGUAAUUAUGCUCCAAUCAUGUUGAAGGAAUACGAUGCAAUUAAACAGAACAUAUAUGCACUCAAAAAUGUAGAAGUAACACAAUUUCAAAUGUAUAAACGAGAGCGUGCAAAAGUUGACGAUAAAGAAUAUGUUUAUCGACAUGAUGAUAGGCCAAUUGGUUGCACUUAUGAUGAAGAUGAUGAGGAGGAGGAUGAGGAGGAUGAUUAUAAUUAUUAUUAUAAUAGUGAUAGUGAUAGUGAUGAUGACACUAUUUUUAAUUAUUCUAAACCUUAUUUUGUAAGUGUUCCCGUUUACGAUGGUGAUAUUGAUGCUGAUUCUGUAGUUAACCAUGAUGGUGAUUAUGAUAUGACUAAUAUUGAGGCAUUUGACGAUAUGGCUCGGUGUAUCAUCAACGGAACUUGCAGGUAUGAGCAAGGCUGGAUUCAAAUGCGAUUUCAAAUUCACGGUCAAAAAAGUGUUACGUGCACGUAAUAAACUUGACAUGUGUUUCACAAUGAGGUAUAUUUGAACGAUUUGAAUAGUUGUUUUACCAAAAGUGUUAUGCAGGCUUCGCAGAUACAAGCAUGGGGACCGGUCUCAGGAAUGUGAAUGUUGAUUUUGUUGUGGUAUGACGCAUGUUAUGAUUAAUAUAUAUGUUCAUUAUAACUUUAAUAUAAGUGUCGAUUUAUAUUAAGGCAAAUACAAUGCCUGUACAGUACAUUUUAAAUAAGGAAACAAAUGGUAGAGUUAUGUGUUUAUACGACAUAUUUCGUAUAAUGUUUUACAAAUAUAAGAUACACCCAUUUAUUCAGAAGAUAUGUUUUACAUUUAACAGCGAACAUUUUCGUUAAAGUCAAUAUAAAAAGGAACACCAUUUUUUAGGACACAUAACUCAUUGGCAUUGAUUGACAAUGGCAUGUAGAUUCCACAUGUUUUUAAAAAUAUGAAAAAGGUAUACAUUUAAACUGAAAAAUAUUUUAAAAUCUGCUGUGUCCAUUGUGUAGUCGUUCACGACAUUCCUUUAUGGUAUAGCCCUUUUAAAUGUAGGUAAGAGCAGUGCAGUGGUUGUCUUUUAAAGAUGGGUUUCAUAAUGUGCUUCGAAAACUUUAGGCUACUUAAAGGGGGAUUUAACCAAUACUUUUCGGGCGUUUAUUAUUUCUAACAUAAACGCCAUCAUUUUUAAAGUAGAGGAUCUUGAUUGUUUCUUUUUUGUACAAAAUACGUGCACAAACACAGUAUUUAAUAAGAGACGCAUAUUCUUGAAUAUCCAAAAAAUGUCAUUUUCUGUUAUAUUAAGACCCUUUUUGUUUUAGUUUGGUAUAGUAGAUAGUAACCCUCGUAUGCUUAAAUCGCGAUGUUCGUUGUGAUUGUGUUGCAUUUGAAAAGUAACGAGUCAAGAGUAAACAAUCAGACGGUGCUGCUUUAAAUGUUGCUUGCAAACAUGGUCAUUUUUGGUAAACGUUGUACCGCAUAUUCAAUUUGAAUUUACUUGGAUUUUUAACUAGCUCACAAGUAAAUAUCAAAAUUGUAGUAUAGAUAAAAUUCUUAUUGUUGGUGUCACUGUUGAUGUCGUCAAUACAAUGAAGUCCGUAUACUAUCAUGCACAAGAAAACGAGUUUUAUAAUUUAUUCUUGAAUACUGAGUAUAUUGAAUGAAGGUUUAUAAUAAAAAUACACAAACUUCGCUUCAGCCAUCGGGAAGAAAUAUUGUUCGACAAUACUGUUCAUACGAUACGUGUAUGUAUUUUUUUUGUAUUUAAGAAUCACCAUCCAAGAGAUAAAGGCAUAUGAUAUUGUGUACCUUUCCGAUUAUUCCGACUAUGAAGUAAAUAAUGAUAAAUUUCAUUUAUGCUUUAUGUAUUAAUGUAUGCUUUAAUUUUGUGCAUUUUUAUGUUAAUUAUCUAUUUUAAAAAACAAUAUGCACAAAAUCUUAUCAUAAUGCCUGAUUUUCAGUGUUGCAAUUUACUGUAUAUCGCCUGAUCACGUCAUUUGUAUUUUGAUCUCCCAAUGUCAGGCGGCCAUCGUCUUACGUAGUGCGGAGUCAACGUUUAGCACGUUACAACUCGAGAGGCCACAUUUCGUUAUACAAUAGUGAUAUAACUUUGCAAAACUGUUCAUGUACGCAAUAAAUAUGGCGAGUUUCUUUCUGGGUCACCUGUAACUAGAAACUAGGUUACCAGGUUAAAUUGUUAACCACUGUAAUCAUCACAUUCAACAUUUAUAACCUAAUUUUUUAUAAAAGUUAGUCAACAUUUUACUCUUAACAAUAUCUUGACCGAGUUUGAACCUGGGUCAUGUGCGUCCAAAUACUAGGGCAUCAUUUUACAACUUACAAAAAUCGUAUUACUAAUGUAGAGGCCAUAUGCAAAAUUGAUGAAACUUGAUAAGAUAAUUAUUAUUGACAAUAUCUAGGCCAAGUUAAAAUUGGAAUCACGUUUGUUUGAAAUCUAGGUCACUAGGUCAAAUAUUUACAGAAAAUCAUACCACUAUUUGUACAACACUCAUAACGUUAAACAAAACUAACACAAGGUCGCCUAGUCUUUUUUGUACUAGCUUGUACACUAGAGCCUACAGUUUUGACUCCGUCAUGUUCAGAAUGUCAAUCUUAACAAAAUAAGGGCAAUGCUUUUGAAUCUGGGUCAAGUGGGGCCAAAACUAGAUCACUAGGUCAAGUAUUGAACAAUUGGUAUCCGUGAUAUCAGAUGAGCGCUUAAGGCCCUUUUCUACAUGUUUUUGUGUGUUAUUGACGCUUUUUAAGUUGGUUUUUGUUGCUGUUGGCACCGAAAAUAGGUUUUAUGCAUUCGGCUAUUGUGCUGAUUAGAAGGAGACGAAAUUAUAUGGUAAUCUUCUAAGAGGAAAUUUCCAGCUCUAUUAUACUAGUUAUUUCCCGUGUGUUCUAUGAUAGGUAACGAAACGUAAAAAAGAACUAUAAAAUGUUUAUAUUUUAAAUAAAGAUUAUGUUCACAUUUUAUUUUUAUGUAAACAUAUUUAAUUAUAUUUGUUGAAUGCCAUGUCAAUAUUAUGUGUACUUUAUGUUCAUUCAUAAGCCUAUAUGUGCCUUAAGUGUUUUAGUUAAGAAUAUGAAUGUGUUAUGGGAGUUUUGCAUUCGUGGAUUGGAUUUACGGUGGUUAUUUUCAUCGUUGAUUUUGGCGUCUUCUUAUGUUAUAUUUUAACAAAUCGCUAACUGAAUAUAUCUGUUUUACUCCGUCAUGAUCAUAUGCUUUAUCUUUAAUUGUAUAAGAUUUCAAUUUUCAUGCGAACUACUUAAUGACGAUUAAUAUCAUACUAUCAACAUUUGAAUACGUAUAGAAUGCAGAAAAUAGUGUAUUUUAUCAGUUUUUAGAAGUUUUAAAUAACAUUGAUUGUGGAUCGAAACCUCUGCGCUAUUAAAUUUUAUAUUAAUCAUUUGAUUUUUUAGUAAGGUGUCAGUCACUAAUUGAAUCAUUCGCACUGUACAGUUAUUACAGUAAGUGUUUAAUGUGUCAUAUUUGUAUUUAUUCGCUUCAUAUUUGCAGCUGUAUAUUUAAACAUCCACCGACAUUUUAUGUAAACAGAAAUGCGACAAGUAUUUAUUUAUUUUAUUCAUACCCGAUAAACUCAUUUUGUUCAAAGCUUUCGUUUUAAAUAUGUACUAUAAUGUUAAAAGUUUCGAACCAAAAAGUCAACAAAUAAAAAAUUGUUUUAGUUAAAUGUCCGUCAUCGAUAUUCAAACAUUGAAGUAUAAGGACAUUAUAUUUAAUCAGUUAAAUUUGUAGUUUACGUGAACAGUUGCUGGUCUUAUAAUCAAAUUAAUCGUUGUGUAUUGAACUUACAUCAUAAUGACUACAUAUUUGCAAAUAUUUUAAUUACACGUUUCCUUGCCAUAUUUGCAUUUUCAUUCACAUAUAUAAGCGAGCAUGGCCGUCCUGUGUAUACUUAUGGAUGGUGUGGAUGGAUCAUACAUCAAAUGUCAGUAUCACAAUUUCAUAUCAGAGAUUAUUUGGGAUUUCAUGCGAUCAUUUGAUUAGGACACGGGCAUGCUUAUGCAUCUGUAUGUGAACUGGAAUGUUAAGUACGCGCUCAAUAACACAGUCAUAAAUCACUGGCGCAACCUCUUUUUGGAGAUACAUUAUGAGCCAAUGAUACAUCAAAUGUGUUGCAAAAGACCAGAAGUUUUUUUUAAACGAUGGAGAAAUCUAGAGAAUUCCAAAUCCCAAAACUCUGCAAUGACCAUUUGAAGGCGAUUGAUGUAACUGUCUUAAUAUCUUAUGUUUCUUUAAAACACGUGGAUGUGUAUGUUUCCAUCUGUUAUAAUUCUUUAAAGCGAGCUUAUGUGUAUGUUUCGAUAUGUAAUGGUUUUUUUAGAACGCUGUAGCAAACUGACUAUUAUGUUUCCAUAUACAUGUAGUGUGUUUAUUUAAAGCACGUUGACGCAUCUGUUUUCGUAUUUUAUGUUUCUUUUAAGCACGUUGAUGUGACGUUUGCCAUAUGCUAUGUUUCUUUCAAGCACGUUGGUGGUACUGUUUCUGAAUGUUAUGUUUCUUGAAAGCACGUUGUUGUUACUGUUUAAAAUAGUUAUUUUUCUUAAAGCACGACAAUGUUUAUGUUUCCAUAUGUUAUGUUUCUUUAAAGUACGCUGAUGGGAUUGUUUUCAGUUGUUAUAAUUCUUAAAGCCUGCUGAUGGGAUUUUUUUAUUUGUUAUAAUUCUUAAAGCAUGCUGAUGGGAUUGUUUUAAUUUGUUUUAAUCUUUAAAGCACGCUGAUGGUAUUGUUUUCAAUUGUUAUAAUUCUUAAAGAACGCUGAUGGGAUUGUUUUUAUUUGUUAUAAUUCUUAAAGCACUCUGAUGGGAUUGUUUUCAUUUGUUAUAAUUCUUAAAGCACGCUGAUGGGAUUGUUUUCAUUUGUUAUAAUUCUUAACGCACUCUGGUGGGAUUGUUUUCAAUUGUUAUAAUUCUUAAAGCACGCUAAUGGGAUUGUUUUCAUUUGUUAUAAUUCUUAAAGCAUGCUGAUGGGAUUGUUCUUAUUUGUUAUCAUUCUUAAAGCACGCUGAUGGGAUUGUUUUCAAUUGUUAUAAUUAUUAAAGCAUGCUAAUGUGAUUGUUUUCAUUUGUAAUUGUUCUUAAAGCAUACUGAUGGGAUCGUUUUCAAUUGUUAUAAUUCUUAAAGCAUGCUGAUGGGAUCGUUUUCAUUUGUUAUAAUUCUUAAAGCAUGCUGAUGGGAUUGUUUUUGUUUGUUAUUAUUUUUAAAGCACUCUAAUGGGAUUGUUUUCAUUUGUUAUAAUUCUUAAAGCACGCUGAUGGGAUUGUUUUCAUUUGUUAGAAUUCUUAAAGAACUCUGAUGGGAUUGUUUUCAUUUGUUAUAAUUCUUAAAGCACGCUGAUGGGAUUGAUUUUAUUCGUUAUAAUUCUUAAAGCGAGCUGAUCGGAUUGUUUUUAUUUGUUAUAAUUCUUAAAGCACGCUGAUGGUUCUGUUUACAUAGGUUAUGGUCCUUUAAAAGACCAAUUUGAGUCGGCUUCAAUAAAUACAUUAUGAUAUCGAGAAGACGAACAGUAGCUUCGUUGAUUUGAUUUCGUCAUGUACUAGUAUGUACAAUACCGUAAAAUUAUUACAUUCUUGCCUCAGAAAGUUGUUGUUUUGUUGCUAUGGUGCAUAUUAAAUCAUCGAGAAUAAACAUUGAGAAUUAAAUCGAU